GGGCUUGACAUUUGGAUUCCCUUGUGAGAGCCUUCUUGUACGUGUGCGAAGCUAAUGAUGUUAAUGGAAUGUGACUCGUCCGUGGCGACAGGGAAAUAAUUUGCAAAUGCCCCUGGUGGACCCGUUGUCCGAUUGGCCAGAUAAGCGAACAUAGUAGAGGUAGUGAUAUAGUACCUGCUCCCAAUAGGUGUUUCGCUUGCAUCGCUGUUCAUGUCAAGUGUCUCUUGUGUGUUAUUUGGCUUGAUCUACGCUCACGUCUCUGUGUUCGCGUUGGUCUGCGUGCUCCGUUUUCGCCCAAUUGAAGUGGGGCUUUCUCUUUUCAUGAGUUGAAUCGUGGGCAAUCGUGCUCUCCUUGAUCUGGCAAAUGAGUCUUAAGCUCAACAAGCUCUGCCGUCAUUAUUACCACGUUCGACUCGAGUUCAUUCAUUGGCAAAUUGAAAGUCAGUGUCGGCGGCCUUGAUCUCACUUUAUCGGGGCAAAGUAGCGGGUAGACGUACUCUAUAAGCGUUUGAAAGGCCGUUGAACGAAGUGAUCGCUAUCAUGUACGAUGUGCAAGUGGAGCCAGACCCUUUUCAACUCACGGACAGCCGCAUUUUGCAUGAUCUCACGACAGAUUACAGUAUUGUUAAACAUAGAUUGGCCAAGAAUUGUCGGAACAUCUCGGACGAGGUGUUCCCCGGGGUCCACAUUGGUGACAAAGGCGCAGCUCGCAAUACGUUCUAUUUGAAGAAAGUGGGCGUGACUCAUGUGUUAAACACGGCUGAAGGCAGCCGAAUGGGCACCGUGGACACCAAUCAGAACUACUACAAGCCCUUUGGGAUCAAGUACAAGGGCUUGAAAUUACUGGACGUGGCUCAGACCAACAUCUCGAUGUAUUUCAACGAGGUGGCCGAUUUCAUCGACGAUGCUGUUCGCAGUGGCGGUCAAGUCUUAGUCAAUUGUCUGAUGGGCAUGUCGCGCUCAAGCACGUGCGUAAUUGCCUACCUGAUGUUGAAGCAAAACAUGACAGCCGUGCAAGCUUUAACGGAGGUGCGAAGGCAUCGGGAUGUCCGACCCAACGACGGGUUUCUUCGCCAACUCGCAGAUCUGGAUAACAAGUUGCGCCGAGAGCGAGGCCAACUCAUGGGAUGAAACACCCGGCCGUCAAGGCAGAAUAGAACAGCUUCAUAAUAUCCCGCUAUAUCACUUAUUCGUGAGAGUGCGAUCCGGACACAUUUAUUUAUUUAUAAAUGAAUAUAUCUAGAAUAUACAUAUAUUUAUUGGUCCUGUUA